AUGGGUGCUGCACCCAUGGGUACCAGCCUGCCUGUGACAGGGAGCUCAGGCAGCUGGGGAUCAAGGACCCUGCCCCCCACCCCACCCCCGUCUCUGAGGGUGUGGGAGCAGUCAACACCAGAGGCAUCAGAUCACAGAUCUUCAGAAGGUUCACAGUGGCUCUACAAGAGAGGCAGUGGCAGUUUACAUCUCAAGGCAAUAGCUAUUUUCAAAACCCUCCAAGUCCACAGCACUUUCCUAUGUCUGGGUGCGCGGGACCGCCUGGGGGGACGCCUGUCUUGGGUUUGGACAGAAGCGGUCAUGUGA